GCGCCAUGGCCCCUCUGCGGUCUCCGCAGCCGUUCGCAUUUCCUGAAACCGGAUCUCGGUGUCAGAGCCGCCCCCGGGCCGGGCGGGCACCUCAGCCAUGGCCCUGCGCAAGGAGCUGCUCAAGUCCAUCUGGUACGCCUUCACCGCUUUGGACGUGGAGAAGAGCGGCAAGGUCUCCAAGUCCCAGCUCAAGGUGCUGUCCCACAACCUGUACACGGUCCUUCACAUCCCCCACGACCCCGUGGCUCUGGAGGAGCACUUCCGGGAUGAUGACGACGGCCCCGUGUCCAGCCAGGGAUACAUGCCUUACCUCAACAAGUACAUCCUGGACAAGGUGGAGGAGGGGGCUUUCGUUAAGGAACACUUUGAUGAGCUCUGCUGGACCCUGACGGCCAAGAAGAACUACCGGGUGGACAGCAACGGGAACAGCAUGCUCUCCAAUGAUGAUGCCUUCCGCCUCUGGUGCCUCUUCAACUUCCUGUCCGAGGACAAGUACCCUCUGAUCAUGGUUCCUGAUGAGGUGGAAUAUUUGCUGAAGAAGGUGCUCAGCAGCAUGAGCUUGGAGGUGGGCUUGGGUGAGCUGGAGGAGCUGCUGGCCCAGGAAGCCCAGGCCGCCCAGACCACCGGAGGGCUCAGCGUCUGGCAGUUCCUAGAGCUCUUCAACUCGGGGCGCUGUCUUCGAGGUGUGGGGCGGGACACCCUCAGCAUGGCCAUCCACGAAGUCUACCAGGAGCUCAUCCAAGAUGUCCUGAAGCAGGGCUACCUGUGGAAGCGAGGGCACCUGCGGAGGAACUGGGCAGAACGCUGGUUCCAGCUGCAGCCCAGCUCCCUCUGCUAUUUCGGGAGUGAAGAGUGCAAGGAGAAGAGGGGUACCAUCCCACUGGAUGCACAAUGCUGCGUGGAGGUGCUGCCAGACCGAGAGGGGAAGCGCUGCAUGUUCUGUGUGAAGACAGCCACCCGCACGUACGAGAUGAGCGCCUCAGACACGCGCCAGCGCCAGGAAUGGACAGCUGCCAUCCAGACCGCGAUCCGGCUGCAGGCCGAGGGGAAGACGUCGUUGCACAAGGACCUGAAGCAGAAGAGGCGCGAGCAGCGGGAGCAGCGGGAGCGACGCCGAGCAGCCAAGGAGGAGGAGCUGCUGCGCCUGCAGCAGCUGCAGGAGGAGAAGGAGCGGAAGCUGCAGGAGCUGGAGCUGCUACAGGAGGCGCAGAGGCAGGCGGAGCGCCUGCUGCAGGAGGAGGAGGAGCGACGCCGCAGCCAGCACCGGGAGCUGCAGCAGGCGCUGGAGGGCCAACUGCGCGAGGCGGAGCAGGCCCGGGCUUCCAUGCAGGCUGAAAUGGAACUGAAGAAGGAGGAGGCUGCCCGGCAGCGGCAGCGGAUCCAGGAGCUGGAGGAGAUGCAGCAGAGGCUCGAGGAGGCCUUGCACCUGGAGGUGAAAGCUCGGCGGGACGAGGAGGCCGUGCGCCUCGCCCAGACCAGACUGCUAGAGGAGGAGGAGGAGAAACUGAAGCAGCUGCUGCAGCUGAAGGAGGAGCAGGAGCGCUACAUCGAGCGGGCACAGCAGGAGAAGCAAGAGCUGCAGCAGGAGAUGGCGCUGCAGAGCCGUUCCCUGCAGCAAGCCCAGCAGCAGCUGGAGGAGGUGCGGCAGAACCGGCAGAGGGCAGACGAGGACGUGGAGGCUGCCCAGCGGAAGUUGCGGCAGGCCAGCACCAACGUGAAACACUGGAAUGUUCAGAUGAACCGGCUCAUGCAUCCAAUUGAGCCUGGAGAUAAGCGUCCCACCACCAGUAGCUCCUUCACAGGCUUCCAGCCACAUCUACUUGCCCGCCGUGACUCCUCCCUAAAGCGCCUGACCCGCUGGGGAUCCCAGGGCACCCGGACCCCCUCGCCCAGCAGUGGUGAACAGCAGAAGUCCCUCAACGGUGGGGACGAGGCGCCCGUCUCAGCUUCCACCCCUCAGGAAGAUAAAAUGGACCCAGCACUAGAAAAUUAGCCUCUGCUAUCCCCUCUUCCCCCAAACUCAUACCCACCAGAACCUGGCCACAGCUGGCCUGUGGGUGAUGCUAGCCCCCGCAGAAGAGGGAGCUAAGGUCCCGGUGCCAGGAGCUCUGGCCCUCCAACCAUGACACAGUCCAGAAUGGAGCCUAGUUCAUUUUUGGCACCAGCCCCAAGCCCCUGACCGCUUAGGCUGUCUGGGAUGUUGAUCCUUGAGAACUUGACCUUGUGCCUUAACCCCAAGGACCCCGUGCCCUGGGCUGGAAAAGAGAGCAAACCAGCAAGCCAACGGCAUGUGCCCUCAGACUGCCACCAGGUUGUGGAGGUGCAUUUCCAAAUAAAAACUGUUCUUGGAAUGAACCCUC